AUGACUUCCUGUCUGUUGUCCCUUUUCUUCUUCUACUCUUCGGUGUCCAUCAUGGCUGCUGAUGAACCUGCUGGCUGCAAGAUCCGCAUCACUGAUAAAGGACUGGAGAUGUUGCGGUUUGAGACUCAGAGGUUUGUAGAAGAGGAGCUCGGUAACAUCAACAUGCCAGAGAUGCAAGGCAGCGAAGGACGUUUCCAAUAUAACAUCACUGAUGUGAAGAUCGCAGAGUUGAAUCUGACUUACGCCGAGCUCAGCUUCAUCCCAGAUGUCGGCUUGUUGUUUGAUGUUCAGAACUCAUCGAUUACUCUGAGUUUCCACCGGAGGAUCCUCUACUGGUUCUUCUAUGACACCGGACACACUAACGCGUCGGCAGAAGGCGUGAACAUCAACACGGCUUUGACUCUGACCCGAGAUAACGAAGGACGACUAAAGAUCAGCGACAUCAGCUGUGAUGCCAGGAUCGCCAACAUGAAGGCAAAGUUCACUGGAACGCUUGGGAGAGUUUACAACUUCCUGGCCAGAUUUCUGACAUCAGGGAUGCGCUUCCUCCUCAACCAACGGAUCUGCCCCACCCUGGACCACGCGGCUGUGGUUCAUGUGAACUCGCUGUUAGAGACGAUCCCCGUGAGGACAGAAGUCGAUAGUUACAUCGGGAUUGAUUAUUCUCUGCUCAGUGAUCCGGUGGUGACGUCCAGGAGCCUCGACAUGAACUUCAGAGGGAUGUUUUUUGACCUGGCCAAUCCGAACGCCUCCUUAGUGAACUACGCCGUGGAGCCGGUCAUCAGAGAGUAUGACAGGAUGGUUUAUUUUGCUCUGUCCGAGUUCUUCUUCGACAGCGGCAUGUUCUCCUACUACCAGGCCAAAGUCUUCCAGAUGCACAUCGCAAACGAGAAGAUGCCCAAAGACCUGGAGGUGUUGCUGAGAACCACGUACUUUGGAACCAUUAUGAUGCUGAACCCGGCUCUGGUGGACGCUCCGAUCUCUCUGCAGAUCGCCGUUAAUUCGCCACCAAAAACCACAAUCAAGACGUCUGGGGCAACCGUUGUUAUGACAGCCAUCGUCAAGGUGAUGCUGCUGCCUCCAGGUCAGCCCGCGGUCCAGCUCAGCAGCAUGACCAUGGAAACAAAGUUCAACGCUAAAGUUUCUAUGAAGGGAAAACGUCUGGCUGUUCAUGCUGACCUCCGCAGGUUCAAAAUCUUCUCCAACCAAUCAGCACUGGAAUCUCUGGCACUGAUUCCUCUGCAGGCUCCUCUGAAGACGAUGCUACAGAUGUCUGUGGUUCCUUUGAUUAACAACUGGACAAAAAGAGGAGUACGGAUUCCUUUGGCUGAUGGGAUGGAUUUCGUUGAAGAAGUGGUUGAAUAUCACAAUGGUUUCAUUGUGAUUGGAGCAAAUCUUCACUUCAGCAAAGGACUGAGAGAAAUGAUCGAGGGGAGCAUGCAGAAGGGUUCAGAGAACUCAGUCUAAACAUAUCGACGUCUUUUUAUCUACAUGCAGACACACAGGCUCCUUGUUAAUGGUCCUAAUAUACUGUUUGAUGAUGAUGAUGAUGAUGAAGAGCGCUGUCUAAAAGCUCCAACAAUCACUCUGAUCUUUUACUCUUGCUGAAUAAUCAGAAUCAACUGGACCGGCUCAGUAUUGCUAUGCAAAGCAUUAUGGGAUGUUAAACCAUGCAGAGUUGUUAUGUUUUAUUAAUGUUAUUCAUAACUCUGUAAACUCUGUUUGUGUUCGAUAUGACAGACACACAUAAUGACUAAGUGUGAAUAUAUAUAACUGUAUCAAUACAUAUUUAUUACAGUGUUAUAUACAAACACACAUAUAUAUAUAGAUAUAUGUAAAUAUAGAAACACUGAAUAAUAAAGUAAUUAACUGAGUGUAUCCAUGACAACGCUGUAUUACAGCACCGGUGUUUUAUUUUAACCCUGAAGACGUGACAGCUGUCAGUCAGUGAUGCAGGUUCAUGUGCUCAGUGUAGAGAGUCUGUCAGGGUCAGGG